CGCGGAGGAAAUACACACACAAACACAUAUAUUUAUACACAAACUUAUUCGACGAAUCAAUUUCGAUUCGCCACUGCAAGCGAUCCACCGAGAAGCAGAUUCCAAAAUAACAUAUUCUGCACUGCUCGCAGUGUCAUAUAUAGGUAAGAAUAAUAACAAAAACAACAAUAUUAUGUUUCUGUCGUACGCCGCCGUGGCCGUGUUCGCUUUCGCGAUUCUGUUGAAUGUCUUCUACUUAUACUUGCCCGUCGAAUCAGCCGGAACCGGCUUUAUGUACCCGUUGUGCGAGGAUUGUCUAAAUUCGGAGUGCCACGCCAAAUGUCAAAGGCCGUGUAUAACCAGAUGGGACCCUGAGUACAAUUUCACAUGUUACACGUGUGAUCCCCAAGAUGGCAACCAACAGUUCUAUUCCGAAGAUGAAUGCAAGAAGGGUUGUACGGAUCCGACGAAGAUGUGCAUUUGUGACGCAUCGUGUUACAUGUGCAUCGUAAAAGAGGGCACCGAUAUGAGUAAAUACAUGAAUUGCACCGUACCAGAACAGGAGGAGCAACCAACGUGCGUGUAAGUUCCAUAUGGCACCACCAGCACAUCCGCCGUGAGAUUAUAAUUAAAAUAAUGUUAUGAUAAUAUAUUUACAUUUAAGAUUUUUGGUCUUAAAAAAAUAAAUAAUGUCCCAUUACUUAGUAAUAUUAUGCGUAGUAUAAUAGUAUUUAAUAUUAUAUUUCACGGUUUUGCUUCGCACAAUAUUCUUGCAUAACAGGUCAACGCCCCAGUGAUCCGUCGUCAAGCAUAAUAUUAUUACUAUUCUGUUGCACUGUGGCAGUAGUUUGUAAACUAUUUUUAAAACUAACCUGCCGAUCGGUAAUAUUAUAAAUAUCAUGACUAAAUAAACAGGCAUGAUCGCUAGAUUACUGCACGUAGAUUUUAUACAUAUAUUAUACUUCCCCAGACUUGGAAGAAACACUAAUAUCAUAGAAAAAAUGUUCUUCACAUUACAAUUAUAUAGGAAUUAUACUGUUUUUGCCAUAUCUGGGGAAAAUGCGCAGUGAUAGGAAAAAUUGAUUUUUUAGUGAUCAUGCCUGUUUAUUUAGUCAUGAUAAAUAUGAUAUAAGCAUAAAUGUCAUCAGUUUCCCGAAAAUUUGUUCGCUUGUGAAUAAAAGAAACAAUGAAAAUACAAAAAAUAUUUUAAUUAUACUAUUGUUAUUUCAUAUUCUUUACGAGUAUAUC